UAGAAGUCGUAGACACACUGCAUCAGUUAUGUCAAAAACGUGUCAACAUUGAAGUUAUCAGAUCGUUUGAAUUUCACUUUAUCGUUUUCCCCAGGAGGAAAAUAUGUCGUCGCCCCAAGUGCACAUUUACAAAGUCGCAAUGACAUGUGAAGGCUGCUCAGGAGCUGUCCAGAGAGUCCUAAAUAAGUUAAAAGAUAAGGGUGUUCAAGAUAUUAGUAUCGAUUUGCCGGCGCAAAGAGUACAAGUAAAAACUACUUUAUCAUCUGAGGAAAUUCUAGAUGUUAUCAAAAAAACUGGAAAACAGACUGAAUUCGUUGAAACGUUAUAAUCUCCCCUUAUCGCACGUAUACAUCUCCUGCAGCUUAUUAUGAAGAUAUGGAUAUAGCAAUGAAAUUAUUGUGCUAUUUUAUACAACUAUAUUAAUUUAUAUUGUGUUACAAUAUUACAUUUUAUCUUU